AUGGCAUUCUCCUCCACAAUCGCGGUGAUUCUGACGGCGGCGGUCCUGGUGGCGGCCGCCGGAGUGGCGGAGGCGCAGAUGGACUGCGCCGCCCAGCUGAUGCCGUGCGUGCCCUACCUGAACUCGACGAGGCCGUCGGCGGAUUGCUGCAACGCCAUCCGGCAGGUGGUGAGUACUCAGCUCCACUGCCUCUGCGGGCUGUACAAAAAUCCGGCGGCGCUGCCGGGGAUCAACAUCACUCAGGCGCUCAUGGUCCCCACCCACUGCAACAUCCCCACUGACGUCAGCGCCUGCAGUGGAAAUGAAGAUGGAGAGGGCGACUCUGGUUUUCGUGAAAUUUUUGUGAUGGCAACUGUAAUUGUGAUGAUGAUUAUUAAAUUAAUUUCGUAA